CGGAUUGUUGGCCUUAUAUAAACAUUAUAGAUCAAGAUAAUUUAAAAGUUGAAUAUAAAGGACCGGGAAGAACAUCAUCGGAUGCAGCUUCAAUUAGAACUAAUAACCCUAUUCCACCAGAAGUUGGAUUGUAUUAUUUUGAAAUAACCGUUUUAGAUAGGGGAGAAGGUGGAUGUAUUGGAAUUGGACUUUGUAAGCCGGAAGUUGAACUAAGUAUAUUACCAGGAUGGGUUGAUGACACAAUUGGAUAUCAUGGAGAUAAUGGUCGUUUAUAUUGUGAACGAGGAGCAGGAGAAUUUUUUGGGCCUAGUUACGAUGCUGGGGAUACAGUUGGUUGUGGGAUUAAUUUUCUUAAUAUGGAGAUUUUUUUCACGAAAAAUGGUGUACACAUAGGUAAAGGACCAUUUUUAUAUUUUGAAACGUUUUCUUAUGAUGAUUUAAUUAACUACCGGAUUUAUGGGGACAUGUAUCCAAUGAGUGGAAUGGCAACAAAGGGAGAAUGCAUUAUAGCUAACUUUGGCAUGAAGCCUUUUAUGUUUGAUAUUGAUAAUUAUGCAAAGGUACUAUUUGCCGAUGCAGAAUUAAAAAGAGAACUCGAAAAAAAGACAUUUAAAAUUUUAGAAA